UCCCAUCGCCAUUGCUGUUAAUUACACCAUCAGCUUCUGCAUAGGAUUCUAAGGCCCCAUGUCAAAUUUUUAUGCUUUGAUUCAUAUUCAUAUUUAUAAUCUUAAAUUUUUUUAAGUAUCAUUUUCUAGUGGCUAUGUCUCAGUUUUCCCACUCUCAGUUAUGGCAUGUGAGAUGCAGGCUCCAAUCAGUUGAGGCUGAUUCAACAGUGAGUUGAAAAGAGUUUUAGACUCUUCUCAUGAUAAGACAAAGUUCUUGAUAAAUGAGAGAGAGAGAGAGAGAGAGAGAGAAGGGUUUGGUUUUUUUUUUCCCUUUAACUUCUUGUGUUGCUUGCAUUGUUUUUUCAAUUCACAGUGGCCGUUGUUUGUGAGUAAGAAAGAGCAAGAAAAUCUUGAGGGAAAAGGUUGGAAAGAAAGCAAAUCCUCAAACACUUAAAAAUGUUUAAUGGAGUUCCAGCUGAGCAGUUGCACCAGUUCAUGACUUCAUCAACUAGACCUUCUUCUCUCCCUCUCCCUCUUUCUUUUUCUUCUUCAUCUCUUCACCACCAUCAUGCCUCCUCCAACGCCAAUACUUUUCCCACUUUUGACCCUUACACUUCCAACCCUCCUUCUCAACAAGUACUACAGCUCCCCCACCAUCAUUUAUUCCCCCCAUUGCACCACCAGCAGUAUUCACCAACACAGAAAAAUCAGCAAGACAAACAAGACAACAACAACAGCAACAGCAGCAGCAGCAGCGUGGUGGCUAUGAAUUUUGAGAUUGAAAGGGAUAGAUCAAUAUCGGAACCAGUUGAAAUUGAUCCACCUUGGUCUAAUGAAGAAGUGCUUGCCCUAUUGAGGAUCAGAUCUAGCUUUGAGAAUUGGUUCCCGGAAAUCACUUGGGAACAUGUAUCAAGGAAGCUUGAAGAGAUUGGGUACAAGAGAAGUGCACAGAAGUGUAAGGCGAAAUUUGAAGAGGAAAGCCGAUGGUUCAACAACAUUAAUUACAACAAAAGCUAUAGAUUGAUCAGUGAAUUUGAAGAGGUUUAUGAUCAGGGUCAUCAAAACACCCAGGUGGUUGCUCAUGUUAAGAACAAGAAGAUGGAGAAUUCUCGAGAAGGAGAGGAAGGAGAAGAAGACGAUGAGACGGAAGGUGAUAACUUGGAUGAAGAUUCGAAGAAACAGGAGACAAAUGUAGGAGAUCCAUGUGAGGAUAAUGAGAAAUUGGUGGAUAAAGCAAAAGGCAAUAAGAAGAGGAAAAGACAGAAGAACUUUGAGUUGUUUAAAGGCUUUUGUGAAGACAUUGUGAAGAAGAUGAUGGCCCAACAAGAGGAGAUGAUGAAUAAGCUUCUUGAAGACAUGAUAAAGAGAGAUGAACAGAAGGUUGCCAGAGAAGAAGCUUGGAAGAAACAAGAGAUGGAUAGGAUUAAUAAGGAACUUGAAAUUAGGGCUUAUGAACACGGCAUUACUGGUGAUAGACAAACCACCAUAAUCAAACUAUUAAAGGGCUUCACUGCUUCUUCUGAAACUCAGUGCUUUGAUAAGCUACUCAACACUCUAAAUUCUCCCACUUCAUCUCCGUUAAAUCUUCAACAAAACCCUAAUUCUCCCACCGUUCAAGUUAAUAAACAAAACAAUCUGGAAAUGGCUUCAGUACCUGAGCCCUCAGCACCACAAAACCCUAGUUUAAAUCUCCCUCCAACCCAAAACCCUAAUUCUCCCAAAACCCAAAACAAGCAAUUGCCAUCCACUUCUUCAUUCUCAGAACACAAAGCCCCUCAUAUUAAUCAUGGAAGCACCAAUGACAAAGAAGACCUCGGAAAGAGAUGGCCUAGAGAUGAAGUGUUUGCAUUGAUAAACCUGAGGCGCAGCCUCUACAACAAUGGAGAAGACAAAGAAGGAGCAGCGUUUGCCGCGAAGACUCCAUUAUGGGAGAGAAUUUCGCAAGGGAUGUUAGAGCUUGGAUACAAAAGAAGUGCAAAAAAAUGUAAAGAGAAAUGGGAGAACAUCAACAAGUACUUUAGGAAAACCAAGGAUAACAACAAGAAGAGAUCACUUGACUCAAGGACAUGCCCUUAUUUUCAUCAACUAAGCACUUUGUAUAAUCAAGGAACACUUGCAGCACCCUCCACCGCCUUACCCGAAAACCAUCAUGUUUCUUCUCAAGGAGGUUCUAGUUCUACUAACUCAACUGUUGAAGGUGAGAAAACUUUGGUUCAACCUGAACCUCCUGAAGCUUUCGAUUUUGAUUUCUGAUUUCCUUUUUAUUUUGCAGAUUUUUGUGAGUGAAGUAGUGACAUUUUUAUCACUAAAUUAGUACAUUAGACAGUAACUUUUGAUGGAAUUUAUGUUAUAUGCUUUGUAUGUUUGAGGGCAUAGAUUCGUUUUGAAGUUGUAUUGUAGUGAGCACCGACAAGAUAUAAGAAAAAUGAAAGAGUGAAAAUUGAGGAGAUGAUGUGUUUUGCUACAUGUGAAGAACAUUCUCAGAACAGUUCAUUGUUCUUACCUAAUAAAAUAAAACAAUGCGGUGGGAAAUUUGGAAUCUUUUUCACCCAAGGAA